CCCUUCUCAGGGCCGGGUCAACAAAACCAUACACACACCUGAGCUGGACAUUAGUCUGCAGGUAAUGGAGGCCAACAGUACAGACACCUCUUCCCUCUCAGCCAGGGGAAACACCAUGGACAUCAACCUAAAGGCUCUGGCCAGAAACAAUAAUGGUACAGCAUCAGCAGUAUUCCUGACAGUCAGUGGGAUGGAGAGCCUUCUGGGUGCUAGCUUCUUGCAGACAGAAAACCACACAGAGAUGUUGUCUGAUGUCAUCACCGCCACACUGCCCAAGAUCAACCACACCCAGCUCUCUGAGCCUGUCAACUUCACCAUGAGCCACAAGAGGAGGUUGGCUGAGCCUGGCCUGAUGACCUGUACUGUGUCGGAGGACAAUCCCUUCCUAGAGUGGGUGAACAGAAUGUGUGUGAUCGUGGGCCUGGUCUUCUUUGCUCUGGCCAUCCUCACCUUCCUGCUGUGUAGCUGGAACCCUAAGAUCAACAACACAGCCCGCCUCCACCUCUGCCUCUGCCUCUUCCCUCUGGUGUGCUCCAUCAUGGCAGGUCUCCUCCACUUCCUGGUAGUGGCCAGUUUCCUGUGGAUGCUGCUGGAGCGCUCAGCUCUACCUGCUGGUCCAGAGACUCUCUAG